UCGGAUACGUGUUCUGAAUAUACGGAACCCAAUCCCCUUUAAAUCGACUGUUUCACAAUGGCUUCCGCUCGCAUAUCUUCUACUCCCCCCGUUCACUUCACAUUUUCAUCGCCGGCGCCUCCUUUUCUCCACAAUCUCUCUCAUUCCCUUGCGAAUAAUUUUUCAUGCUCUAAUAGGCGGCAGCCACGUACCAGAUUCUUGUCAUUGAAGUCGCAAGCCACAGCAGAAAAGAAAGCUCCUUUGGACAACAGAAUGCUGGUAUUCGUACCUCCUCAUCCUUUGAUCAAGCACUGGGUCUCAGUGCUUAGAAACGAGGAAACACCAUGUCCCAUCUUCAAGAAUGCCAUGGCUGAGCUGGGAAGGCUUCUUAUGUAUGAAGCAUCAAGGGAUUGGCUGCCUACAAUUUCAGGGGAGAUUCAGUCCCCACUUGGGCCUGCUACAGUAGAAUUUAUUGAUCCAAGAGAACCUGUAGCGGUUGUUCCCAUUCUAAGAGCUGGGCUUGUUCUUGCAGAACAUGCAGCUUCCAUCUUGCCAGCAACCAAGACAUACCACCUAGGUAUUAGCAGAAAUGAGGAGACACUUGAAGCAUCGGUGUAUUUGAACAAGUUACCAGACAAAUUUCCUGCAGGAACCCGAGUGUUUAUUGUAGAUCCUAUGCUAGCAACAGGUGGCACGAUUAUGGCAGCCAUUGAUAUGAUUAAGGAUCGUGGAGUUGCCAACCAGCAUAUCAAAGUGGUAUCCGCCGUGACUUGCCCUCCAGCCCUCCAAAAGCUGAGUGAGAAGUAUCCCGGGCUUCAUGUAUAUGCUGGAAUCAUUGAUGCAACACUUACUGACAAAGGGAUGAUUAUCCCGGGACUUGGAGAUGCAGGAGACCGAAGUUAUGGUACAUAAAUGAAACCGAAUGAGGGCGUUUAUGGUACAACGUAACUUUUAUAAAGUUGUGUUGGGUAGUUUUUUAGUUAUAAAUUUUGCUGAAUAAUUGAAGACAUUCGUGUCUUUCAGUCUGAUUGUUGUUAUUAUUGUGACAAUGUGACUUAUUUAUGCUGAGGUUUUUUUCAGGACC